AACCAGCGCCGAGUACAAAGUAUGCGCUAUCUAAUGCUGGGUCGAGUAUCACCGUGGCUUCGAGACAAGCUACUUAGAGUUUCGCUGCUCCUGACAGCCGCAUUGGGAGCCACAUACCUCAGAUGCAAGAUCAUGGGACCCCGCUUUGUACCAGCCUUCAGCAGGCUCGACAAUCCAGCUGCAGUUUCGGUCACGCCAACUCGUCAAUUGACAUAUAACUAUCUUUUGUCGGUGAACGCUUGGCUGUUGCUAUUUCCUUGCAACUUGUGUUGUGAUUGGACAAUGUCUACCAUACCUCUCAUCACGGGCUUUUGGGACGUCAGAAAUGUAGCCACUGUGAUGUUUUACGCCAGUGUUUUCUUUGUCGUUCGUACCAUCUUUAGGUUAGAAGAAGAUGCUAAAAUGACGCUCAUCAUGAGCUUGUCUUUGCUGACGGUGCCAUUUCUUCCUGCAAGCAAUUUGUUUUUCCCAGUGGGUUUCGUAGUGGCAGAAAGAGUUUUGUAUAUCCCCAGCAUGGGUUUCUGCAUGAUAGUUGCGCAAGGAUGGAAUAUACUCUGGGAGAAGAGUUGCAUUCAGCUGAUUGUCAGUAUAAGAGACUGUCAGAAUUCUGUUGAUGAUUUGGUAGUGAAAGCUGACUGUGGUUGCUUUAUGAGACGCCUUAAUUGA